AUGUCCGGGUACUUCGGAUUUCGGUCUCAGGGUGCACCUAGGCCGGACCGGUCUGACCGGCUGAUUGCCGCGGCAGAGGAGGUCGUGUACGAGUUGGUUGCGGAGCCACAGGAGCCACAGGGGCCAGCCCCGCAGCAGGAGGUCCGUGGGGAGUUGGCCCAAGGCCCAGCUCACCCCAGUGUCGAGCAGCAGACGCAAGCCCAAUACAUACCGUCAGGAGUUUCCUUUUACACCCAAACCCUAUCCGUUCCUCUCCCUACCACGAAUGCAUCUCAUCCCCAGACUGCAGGCCGCCGCCGCCCACCUCCCGCGCCGACCGCUGCCGCCGGCAGCCUCCCGCGUCGACCGCCGCUGCCGGCAGCCUCCUGCGCCGGCCGCAUCCACCCACGCCUCGAGCUCCCAUUGUGGGCCGGCCGCUUCUGCCCGCGAUUCGAGCUCCCGCCGCCGGCCGGCCGCCUCCGGCCCAACUCGAGCUCCCGCGCCAGAGGAGAGGGGGAAGGGAGCAGUGGCGGAGGUGGAGGGAGGAGCGGCAGAGGAGGUGACGGUGGGGGAAAACGGAGGGGGGUCGGCGAGGGAAGAGGGAGGGGAUGGGGUGGCGGGCUGGGGGAGAGAAGGGAGGGGAGCCGCGGGCGGCGCCGUGCCAGCAUACCCUCGACUGCCGACGGGGGCAACCUUGACCUCAGUAGCAGCGGAUCAACAUGCUCGUCUCCAAGAUCUGCCUCUGCUGUGUUGAAAUUCCGCCACCACCGUUCAUCUCCUCCUCGAGUUGUCUCCCCCGUAUCCAGGUUCAGUUUUAGUUCAGUUUGGACAAGGUACUCCCAAGUAAUAUUUCAGUUAAUCAUGAUGGCUAGUUUGGUUCUUGGCUGGGUGGCGACAUGAGGCUUGUGAGCACGGCAGGAUCAUGCAGCAAUGGAUGUAGCACGGCAGGAUCAUGCAGCGAUGGAUGCGUGCAGAGAUGGACGGGGAGCAAUGAUGGAUCGGCGGAGGAGCAAUCGGCGUUUCUCGGGGGAAAGUACAAAGGUUUUGAAUAUGGAGAGUCAGAUAUACCUGGUCUCUGGGUUUUCCUACCAUUAGAAGGCUCUUAUAGCUGUAGUGAAAUUUUGGUCAAAUAUGUUAUGAGCUGUAGUGAAAUUUUGGUCAAAUAUGCUAUGAGUUGUUAUGUAAAAGGAUCACAUAUGUUAGGAAGAUGUAUGGUUAUUGAAGUUGACUCCCGUGUAUACGAUGAUUGAACCUUUGAAGCUCAAUAUGAAAUAUGUAUGCUCAGAUCUCA